ACACACACAGAAUAAUUCUUCGUCAGCUCCAGCUCGUUAAGCUCUAUAUAAAGCAGCAACUGCUUCACAGAUAUUGGCAUAGUUUAAAAGAAAAUGGCUACAAAAUCUAAAGCCACGCAAAUAUUUCUCUCCCUGCUAGUCCUUUCACAGUUCCUUGCCGCCUCUCAUGGCGGUGGCAUAGCCAUCUACUGGGGUCAAAACGGCAACGAGGGCAACCUUACCUCAACCUGCGCCACCAAAAGAUAUGCCUACGUUAACGUGGCAUUUCUCUACAAGUUCGGCGGUGGGCAGACUCCGGAACUCAACCUUGCCGGCCAUUGUAAUCCUAGUUCCGGCGGGUGCAAAAGUGUCAGCACUGGGAUAAAAUACUGCCAGAGCCAAGGCAUCAAGGUGUUGCUUUCUCUUGGUGGGGGAGUCGGUAAUUACACUCUCACUUCUACAGCCGAUGCCAAAAACGUUGCAGAUUAUUUGUGGAAUAAUUUUCUGGGUGGAAGCUCAAGUUCCAGGCCGCUGGGUGAUGCUGUUUUGGAUGGAAUUGAUUUUGACAUCGAGAGUGGUUCAACUGAGUACUGGGAUGAUCUUGCUAAUUUCUUGUCAGAUUACAGUAAGCCUGAAAAAAAAGUCUACUUAUCAGCAGCUCCACAGUGUCCAUUUCCUGACAGAUUACUAGGGACUGCAAUUGACACAGGGAUUUUUGACUAUGUUUGGGUUCAGUUUUACAACAACCCACCUUGCCAAUACACUUCAGGAAACACUGCAAAUCUUUUGAGCUCUUGGAACAACAAUUGGGCUCCGUCUUUGAAAAGUGGGAAGCUGUUUCUGGGGCUGCCGGCAGCACCGGCUGCGGCUGGAAGUGGGUAUAUUCCACCGGAUGUCUUGACUUCUCAAAUACUUCCUGAGAUUAAGAAGUCGACGAAUUAUGGAGGUGUCAUGCUCUGGUCAAAGUUCUAUGAUGAUCAAACUGGGUAUAGCGCCUCCAUUAAAGCUAGUGUUUGAAUUGAAGCGGCAAAUUAGUUUGAAGCAAAGUUGGUACUAUUUUCUUUGAUUUUGCAAAGUGUUAUCCAUAUCUUUCAAGUCAAUUAAUAAAAUGAAUAAAGUUCUUUCA